AUGCUUAAAAUCAUCCAAUUAGUUACUGCAUGUGUUGGGGCCAUAGUUUGCAAACUCGCGAUCUUGGAUCGUAGGAUUGUCCGAUCCUACGAUUCAGAUUUGAAGAAGGUUUUGACUGAUAAGUAUGGGAUUUUGUCUCUUGGAAAAGAUCAAGUUAAGCCGUUGCUAGAGGAAUUGGAGGUGUUGAUAUCUUUCCUCCAAAAAGUGAACAUGCAGAAGAAGGAUCUUUCAGAGGAGGUGGAACAUGUGGUAAGCCUGAUAGAUGAAGCGCAGUUUAUCAUUAACCUAUCUGUAGCCGGAGGUACUCCUGUAUGGUACUGCCAAGUUGUGUUUUUCAAUGUCAUUGAAGAAAUAAGGCUUAUCAAGGCACAUGAUCUCCUAGAGAAUUGUCAUGACAGAAUGAUAAUACUCAAUGGUGUUCAACUGCCUUUGGGGCGUAAGGUACCAGCACCAGUUAUGACUGAUGAAAUCAAGGCAAAGGAUGAUAAUGAUCUGGCUCAAGUUCGCUAUGAACGACCAGGUUGGAUCCAGAGCUAUUAUGAUAAGAAUCUGGAACUGGCCUAUCUUGAUCAACUCGAGUCACUGAAAAUAGUCUACAAUGGGAGUGGUUGUCCAUGCGGAAUCAGUUUCCCCUCGACUCUCAAGAAAUUGACUUUGUCCAACUUUCGCCUACCAUGGAAGUACAUUGAGGUCAUCAGGCAACUAUCCAAUCUGGAAGUUCUGAAAUUGCUAAGCAGGUCAUUUGAUGGGAAAAUAUGGGAAAUGGACGCUGAAGCCGAUUUUCCCAAUCUGAAAUAUCUGAAGUUAGUCAAUUUGAACCUUGCAAAGUGGAAUGCCUAUUCAGAUUGUUUUCCCUCGCUUGAGCAACUAGUUGUACACAGCUGUAGCAAUCUUGAGGAGAUCCCUUCCAGUUUUGGUGAGAGCGACACACUUCAGAUGAUUGAUAUGAAGUGGUGCUCGCGGUCUGCUGCAAAUUCUGCAGUAAAAAUUUACAAUCAACAGGUGGAAGAAUUGGGAAAUAAGGAGUUCAAGGUCUUCAAAACUGAUCGAGUAUCAUUUUGA